AUGUCGACCUUACGUAGAUCUACAAGGACCAGAUCUAAGCCAAGUACCAUAACUGAUUUAGGGAGUGACGAUGAUUCUUCAAAUGAAUCGGGUGUUUUAAGUACAGUUCAACAGGAUGAUAGAACAGUGAUGACAGAUCUAUCUGAUGAAGAAUCUAGCUCAGAUGUAGAUAACAAUGAUGAUGAUGAUUAUGAAGAUCCAUCAACUGCUAAAAAAAGUAAGAAAAGAAAGGCACCUGUAAGGACUAAAACUUCUCGUUCAAACAUUAGACCUGUCAAGAAAGCUAAAAAACAAGCAGAAACAAACUUAACUGUCAAUAAACCUCCUUCUAAUACAGGGACAAGAAAGGAACAAGAGGAGUAUUUAGAAGUUAUUAAAGAUUUUGAACCAACCGAAUUAUUUGAUAUUUUGGCUAAUGAUGAAAAUGUAUCAAUCGAAGAGAUUAUAAGAAACUAUUUGGAUGGUUACAUAGAGAACAGAGCUACAUUUAUCGCAGAAUUUAUAAAUUUUCUUUUAUGUUGUUGUGGUGCUGUAGUUCGUGUUGAAGAACACGAUGUCAGUAAUAAUGAAACUGCGAACGAAACAAUUUCUGAAUUACAAAUGAUGUUUCAACAGCAAAAAAUUCAUGAAGCAUUCUUAUUAGUAUCCAAAAAUAAUAAAAGAAGAUCAAAAUAUAAGCCCUUGUAUCAAAACUUCGUUGAAUUUAUGUCUAAAUUAAUUCAAAUAGCAAAUGAUAUGCAAUUACUAUUUACAGAGUCUGAAGAUAGUGAUUCUGAAAUUGGACCUAAUCAGUUUGUUAUUGAUCUAUUAACUUGGUUAUCAUCAUUAAGUGUAUCGAAAAUAAGAUGUUUAAGACAAAUCGCUACAUCCUGUCUAUAUUUAUUACAGGACUCAUUGACAGAAUACAUUGUAGAGAUUGAAAAGAAUUAUCUUUCUAAACUGACAAAGCAGUUGACUCAAGAGAAGAAAAGAAAAAGACCAAGUGAGAAAACAAUUGAAAGACUAGAAGAGAGUGUAACUGAAUUACAGGCUAAUCAACAGGUUAUUGAAGGGGUGAUUGAUAAUAUAAUUAAAUUGUGUUUUUUGCAUAGAUUCAAGGAUGUUGAUGAAAAUAUUAGAGGUGAAUCCGUGUUGCACCUUUCUGUCUGGAUAAAUAAUUAUCCAGAAUUUUUUUUGAAGGUUACAUAUUUAAAAUAUUUUGGUUGGUUAUUAAGUGAUUCUUCGGUUUACGUUAGACAACAGGUGUUGAAAACUUUACCACAAUUGAUAGCAUCUCAAAAUAAUAAAACAAAUAGUAAUUCUUCUAUUAGACAAUUCUUUGAAAGAUUUAAGGAAAAAAUUCUAAGUAUUGCAUUGCAUGACGUUGAUUUAGAAGUAAGACUUUAUUCAAUUAAUGUCUUUGUAGAGGUAAGUUCGUUGGGGUAUCUAGAGGAUUUAGAAAUUUUACAAAUUUCUAGUCUUAUAUAUUACGAUGAGGAAGUUAAAGUUCAAUCACACGCUAAAAGUUCCAGAUUUUUAGCUGCUGUAGCAAAGUUUUUUGGUAGAGUUUUAAUAGAAAAGAAUAGCGAAUUCUCAAGCAAUUAUGUUCUUGAAGAUGAAAUUUUUGGACUGAACUCAGAGUCAUUAGUGAAAGCUGGAAAUUUAGUUGGAUUAUUAAAUAAAUCACUAUCAUACCAUUUCCAAAAUAAUGAGAAUCCUUCUUCAAAAUUAAAAUUGAAAAAGUUAUUCCAAGCUGCUGAAUUUCUGCACCCAUAUUUUGGUACAUUAAUUGAAGAUAUCUGUAAAUUACUGACAUAUAAAGAUGACAUUUCUUAUGAUUUCUUGAAUAUUGAAGAUGAAGAAGAGGAUACCAUAAUAAAAAAGGAAUUUAUUUUACCGGUUGAUACCAAGUCAAUUGUUUUAUAUUCAACAACGUUAAACGGAUUAUGCCAUGGUGUUUCUGUACAACAGGGCCAAGCAAAAUUUAGAGUUGCAGAAGAAGUAUUACCUUUUUUUGAAACUUUGUUAUCUCAAUUACCAAUACAUAUUGCAGAUAUUCUGAUUCCUUUGCUAUCUAUAUUUAAUUUAUUCAAAUUUGAAGAAUGGAUACAUAGUGGAUGUGAGAAGAAUAUGUCAAAUAUUCUAUCUAAGGUAAUGAGAACUUUUAAUGAGAUGGAUAUCUCUUUGAAACACGAUGAUUUAGUGACCAAGUGGUUUGCUAAAACAUUUGAACUCGUGAAGGAAAUGGAUAUAACAAAUUUAAAUGAUAUUUUGAUAAAUGAAGUCUCAAGCCUAAUGCUGCAUUUGCAAAAAUUUCUAACAGAUAAACUUGAUCCAUCAGAUUAUGAUUCUGAUUUUAAUGAAUUAACAACCAUUUUGUAUGAAACAUAUUUAAAUAAGUUAGUUCUUCUAGGGAGAAGCUAUUCUAUUGAACUUGAUUCUGACUUCUUAAAAUUAUUUAUGGAAAAUUUCAUAUCAAGGCUCCCAAUUAUAUUUGAAUAUUUGAAUCAAGAAACCAUUUCCGUUAUCAAUUUCAAGUUUUUAACCCAAUUUGUUACUUGGAAUUUACAAACUUGGACAGAUACCAUUAAGAAUUCAUUAUCUACUUCCCAUAAUACAGUUGGUGUACCAAAAGAUAAAAUCAUGAUGAUCGCAUCGAUAAUAGAAAGAUUAAAUACUAUUUUAGUAUCAUCUGGACAUACUAGAAGUGGUGAAAUUGAAGAAUCUGUGAAGAAAUUCUUAUUGCACUGGAAUAUUUGUAAUGCCUUGGCAGAUAUUGUUUCAACUUUAAAAGUUUUUGAAUAUAGUUUACCAGACAAUUUGAAACUUUGGAAAGAAGCCUUUGAAGAUAAUUUUCCAUAUUUCUUACAAGAAGGUGCAAGUAAAUGCUUUACUGAUGUGUAUAUAUUUUUGGAAAGUAUUACAGCUAAAUCCCUCGAUAUAUAUAUUGAUAGGUUGGCUGGAGAAGAUAUCAAUAUAAAUGAAGUUUCACUAGAAAAUGUUAUUUCACUUCCUGAAAGUGAAUUUUUACUAUUCACAAUUAAAUUAAAGGGUUUAAUAAAAUUGAAAUUGAUUUCGAAUCAAGUUGAAGAAAGGUUGCAAAUAAAUAAAGAAAAAUUCGGCUCUCUAUAUGAAAAGAUCGUUGAUAAUUCUAUAUUUGAAAGAGACCAACAAAAUGAUAUUAUUCAUGAGGAAAAUGCAACUCAUCAAACAAAGGCAACUCUAGUAUCUUCUUCAUCUGCGGGAGAUGAAUUUGAUCCAAUCGAAAAUCCAACUCAAGAAGAAGAAGUCGCAAAUGCUAUUGUAACGAAUACUAAUGAUGAUGAUAUUGCAGAUGAUGUCGAUGAUAUCUCCAUGAUGGAUAAUGAUCAUAUUGAAACUUCUGAAAUAUAA